GCAGCGAGAGCGCUGAGUGACAUCUGAAUCCAGUGAUGUGUAUUAUUUAAUCACAACAACAGUCAGCGAGGUGGCGUCUACGGAGGAUGUAGGGCUGUCCUUUUGUUUUUGUUUGCAGGAUAUGGGGACUGGGAGCUCUUUGGACCGACUUUACGCUGCGAAGUUCAGAUGGAAGCGAUGGGACGUUUGUUGUUGUUUUGUUUUUUUAGAUGUGGUAUGAAGCUGCAGCUGACCGCAUAGAUCAUCUGGCUACUGGUGAGUUCUGUAAGCAGACCGAGGAUCCCUGAGAUUACAUUGGUUUGGGACUGAAACAGAGCAGGCAGAAGAGAAACAGUAACUACACUACUACACUGAGGAAUUAAGGUACCACUACUUCUCCAUCACUGCAGCUCAAAUGAUGUCAGAUCUGUUUUACAAGGUCAAGGGGCAAAUGUCUGGCCCAGAGAGCAUUUGCCUCAAAUGUUUCAUCUUUCAUCAUUUACCAGAAGAUAAAAUAAUGGGGACUUUUUGCAAUAACGGAGAACAGGAGUCUCCUAGAAAUUAGUGCAGUGGAUAAAAUGUAGCACCACUCUUCAGUAUGACAUAAACGCAGACACCCCCCAUUCAGGGAUGGAUCCCAUGAACUUUACAACUGUCAUCGACAGUGGGUUUUUGGAAGAGGCACCAUCGAGUCGUGUCCUAACUGGCUGUUUUCUCUCGCUGCUCAUCCUCACCACCCUGCUGGGAAACACGCUAGUUUGCGCGGCCGUCACCAAGUUUCGUCAUCUGCGGUCUAAAGUGACUAACUUCUUUGUGAUCUCACUGGCUGUAUCCGACCUAUUGGUUGCCAUCUUAGUGAUGCCCUGGAAAGCUGUCACAGAGAUUGCCGGGUUCUGGCCCUUUGGAUCCUUCUGUGAUACCUGGGUGGCUUUUGACAUUAUGUGCUCCACUGCAUCAAUUUUGAACCUUUGCGUCAUAAGCCUGGACCGCUAUUGGGCCAUCUCCAGUCCCUUCCGCUAUGAGAGGAAGAUGACACCCACAGUGGCCUAUGUUAUGAUCAGUGUGGCCUGGACGCUGUCUGUCCUCAUUUCCUUCAUUCCGGUGCAGCUCAACUGGCAUAAGGCCCAAACUAAAUCUUACACUGCUCUUACUGGGUCCUCUGUCUCUCUGGCAUCAAAUGCUACGUCUUACCCAGAGAACUGUGACUCAAGCCUGAACAGGACCUAUGCCAUCUCCACCUCACUUAUAAGCUUUUACAUCCCUGUGGUCAUCAUGUUGGCCACCUACACACAGAUCUACCGCAUCGCCCACAGACAAAUCAGAAGGAUCUCUGCCCUGGAGCGGGCGGCCGAAAGUGCCAAGAACAGACACGACAGCAUGGGCAGAGGCUCCAGCAUCGCAGACUCCGAGAGCUCCUUCAGGAUGACAUUCAAGAGGGAGACGAAGGUGCUAAAGACACUGUCUGUGAUAAUGGGGGUGUUUGUGUGUUGCUGGCUCCCAUUUUUCAUCCUCAACUGCAUGGUGCCCUUCUGUGAGCAAUCAAGCGGAGGGGAGGCUUUCCCCUGCAUCAGCCCCACCACAUUUGACGUGUUCGUGUGGUUCGGCUGGGCUAAUUCCUCCCUAAACCCCAUCAUCUAUGCUUUCAAUGCGGAUUUCCGGAAGGCCUUCUCCAUCCUGCUGGGAUGCCACAGACUGUAUCCAGGAGGCCACGACAUAGAGACGGCCAGUCUAAACAAGAAAUGACUCAUGACUCUCUCACAGCACUGACUCAUCCCUUAAUUCCAACAGUCCAAGAGUUCCUGUUGCAGCCGGUCUGAUUGACUUCAAAUGAGAACACUGCUUUCGUGUGCUAAGUCUUAUUUUGACUGAAGGGUAUGGCGACCCUAUAUGCACCAGUAUUUGCAUUAGGGGAACGGCCUGCCUUUGUCAAGUCUGCCAUAGUGAGCUCACCAUCGUCCUGACACUGUCUUCAGAUGGGAGAAGCUCUCGAUAGAGGAGAGAGGAUUUGGGACUGAGAUUAAAAUUCCCCGCUGUUGCGCCACGGAUCUGGGAGUGCAGUGGUGCUGACAAGUUCCUGGGAUAGAUAAUCCCAUGACUGGGCAGCGCACACCCUAAUGAUGUCAGACACUGCUCUCUUCAAUAUCAUCAAACACACACACACACACAAACACUGUCAAAACAUGCUACCCCAAAUACCAUGUAGCACGCAGCAUGCACACAACAACAAUAAACUCCACAACAGCACACAGAAACACUCUUAGUUUUUACACGGAAAUUUCGGGACCUGCAAAGACUCCAGCAGAAAAGCAUUAAACCAAAUCAUUUUGAAAAUAUCUACAGGUAAAGUACAUCCACAAGUGACUUAAUAUUACAGCCAGAAUGAAAACUGAAUACAAGACAUCUUGGAGAAGUGGAGACAUAAAAAUGUGAUCUGAAUCUGUACAGGAUGCAGAGAUGAAGAAAAAAAAAAAAAAAGAAAAGCUUUUCAAACUGUAGACUGUCUCAUUGCUGAUAGAGAAAUGUUAUUUAUAAAUCAUUUAGAUGUAGAAUCAUCAUAAUUUUAAGCCAAAUUUACAAACCUGUGACCUCAUAAAUUACAUCAGUCAGCGGCAACAUUAAAGCCAUCCACCUAAUAUUGUGUAACAACACUUUGGGGCCCUGUGGGUUGUGGGGUGGGCCAACUGUGCAUUGCAUCCUGGAGAUGCUCAACUGAAAAUCUGGGAAGUUUGGAGGAGUCAAUCACUGAGCAGUUUUUGUAGUGUGGAGGGGCACUUUGCCCUGCUGGUGGAGGCUGCUGUAUUCAGGGUAUAAUUGGCCAUGGGGUUAUGUUCCCCACUAUGUUCAGGUGGGUGAAACAUGUCAAAGUAACAUUUAGAUAACGGUCUGGACGCAAGACUUCCCAGGAGAACGUUUCAUUUUAACCAGAUGAAGAAUGUUAUUCAUUUUACCUGGUAGUGGUUUUAAUGUUGUACCCAACUGACCUAUUUGUGUUUUAUUGGGAGAAGACAGUAAUGUAGCUGCCAUGGAUUCAUGUAGAACUGAAAGAAGAUUAGCUAAAUUCUUUAUGGGUUCGUUAUGUGAAAUGUGCAAUGGGUUGGUGUAAUGUUGUUUUAUGUUUUUACAAGAUGAAAGAAUUGAUAAUGGUAGAUAUUUUCACGUGAAAAUUAACAGAAAUGAUCUCUUUCUACAGUGCCAACUGGAGACACACUUCCUUUGUGCCAUAAAUUGCAUAGUGAAAGCAAAUCUAAAUGCCAUUUCUGUCAUUUUUAUGACCAUUAUAUUGUGCUGUCAGCAUUUACUUUAAUGCAUUUAACAUGGGUCUUGUUCUCACAGAUUUUGCUGUGAUUCUUAUUAAUUUGGAUACAUUAUUGCUGAGUGAAUUUCUCAAUGAAAUCUAACAAAGCAAUAAACACAAGAUGCCAGAUAACUGAACCAGCCCACAGUUUAGAUCAUUGAAACUACAGCUUUUGGAGUUAAACAUGACAAAUUUAAUAAUCUAUUUCCUAUUUCAAAUGUAGCUUUCAUUUCAAAUAAAGAUAGCUCCAAGGAACAUAAUUACUGCAAGAGUUUUGUACAUCAAAGAUAAAUAAGCCAUGUCUGUAAACAACCGCAGGUGUUAUAAAUGUCUGUGUAAUAAUUUUUCCAGUUUCUUUUUUAAUUUUUUUCUUUGGUAUAAGGCUGAUUAAGCUCAGGGUUUAUUGUCAUCCUGUGAUCUUGUAUCUGAUUGGAUGUAAAUUGAGAACAAAAAGUAAUUACAUUUGUGUUUGCUUGAUUGUUUCUUGUUGCAACAAUGCUUCAUUGCAAUAAAUCUUAUACU